UGCGGAUAAGCGCUAUUCGGUUGAUUUUGCACGAAAUUUUUUUUUUCUUUUGAUGAAAUAAGUAAAUAUCUAACCGUGUAUCUCUGCCAACUAUUUUGAGUUAACAAACGCUUUCCAUAACGAAAAGAACGGAAAAAGAAAUGCUUAGAAAUUCCCAGUGAACUAUGUUAUUAUUUUGAAAAGUAAUCGUACAAAUAUACAAAAAGAAAAAAAAAAAAAAGAAGUAAAUUAGCACUGUACGCAUUUAAAAACAGAGGUUAUUCCGGGUAAUAAAAAGAGAGGAAAAAGAAACUAUGGGUUCACCAGCAUUUAAACCAGUAAAAGAAGCCAUUAAAUCUUCAGAUUCCUCAUUGUCGCGUGUUAGCAUGACGACAUCGACUAUUGACGAUAACUUCGUAGAAUCGAAAUUAUUUAGUUGGAUGCGUUUAUUUCGCUUCGCAAGUUUGCUAUGCCGUGCAGAAUAAAUUUUGCUUUUCUUCGUUUUUCUUUUCGGUUUUCUAAAAAGAAAGAAACUAUUUUGAAGUCACAUUAAUAGAACCGGAAAAGUUGAUCUAUUUAAAAUAAAGAAUACCAUACCUUAGCGAAAUCACCCACUAUCAGUUUAACGACCACUUAAAACUUCUCCGUUGCUCAGUUUAGCAUUAUUUCAGUAACAAUGUUUUCAAAAUCUUGAUAUUUCCCUCCAAAGUUUUCUGAAAUGUUUUCCAGUCGCUUCCACUUAGGACUAAAAUGAAAAUAUCAAUACAAAGUAAUGUCAGCUCUGCGUGAGGAGCAUGGAGGAUGUUGAGAACCAGCGAGGGAGAGUGAGUGAGAGAGAGAGAGAGUCGGGAGGGGGGCGAUUCAGAUUCUUAUGCUACCAUUUCCCAAUUUUAUUUAACUACUAAUGAUUUCCCGUUUUAUUUAACUUACUGAUACAAAUGAUAAAAAUUACCGGAUGACUCCGCAUCAUAAAGCAAUAGAUAAUAGUUCUCUAACCUAAACCAAAUGUGCUUUCAAUAAUCGUAUUUACUUAUCAAUUUAUAGUGUGAUUCACUUGCGAAUGACAUAAUGCAUAUACACUAGGCUUAAUUUUUACUCACUCUUAAAUUUCCGCAUUGAUUAGAUUCUUGCCGAGAUUACAAAGCAUUAUGUCUUCGAUAAUAGCGAUCUUAGUCAAUGUUGUUCAUUAUAUCACAAAAAAAAAAUAGAUUAGUUGCUUAGUUGAAUCCUCUUGGGACUUGUAUUAGAAAAACAUUUAUUUAAAUAUAUUGAAUUAGGUUUAAAGAAUGUUGGUAAAAAAAAAAAAAAA